ACUGUCCUAGACUUCACUGCACCCCUAGCCCGAAGCUGGAGUUGGGCGAGGCUCAGUCCAGAGAGAGUCCACAACCAUAUCCUGAACCCCUACUCGGUGCUGGGCUCCCCGAGGGCACUGGACUCGGUGUAAGGGAGCCUGUUGAUUCCUCACCACAAACCAGAGAGCUGAGCGGUCGCUGAGCGGUCGCCAGCCCCAGCUGGGUGGGGAUCUCUCUGCCCGGCUGACUGCCCUCCCCACACUGCACACUAGAGGGCGCCAGGGGCACAGCAGAACUGGGUUUGGUGGGUCCUCAUCACCCUCCCCAUACGCACCCCAGAGCUAACAGGAUGGGAAUAGUGUGACCCUGAGAGUUCUGAACUGCCGGGAGGGGGAGAGGAAGAAAGGGGACGAGCGUGGAGGACAGAGAGGUCCCUGGGGCUCUUCUCUCUCCGCCUGGACUCCUAGUUUUCUCCAGUUGAGGUGCUCAGGCUCUGCCUCCCUUGGCUCCCACAUCACACAUCUCCCUCCCUCUUUCUCUCCCCCCCCCCCAUCUUUGGUAGAGUUCUUUAAUUUUUUCUAUCUCCCCCUGUGAUUCUGACUUUUCUGUGUACUAUUUGGCUGUGUGGCUCUUUCUGGCUGUCUGUUUUUUUCUGUCUUGUCUUGGCCUCUCUCUCUGUGUUCUUGUCUCUCUGUCUCUCUCUUUCUCUCUGCCUCUGUCUCCCUCUGCUUGUUCUCUGUCUGUCUCCUUCUCUGCCCCUGCCUCUACCUCUUUCUGUUGCUUUAGGUCUUGCUGAGUUUCACAUCCUGUCCCUCUGCAGCCACCGUCACAUAGCACAUGUGGGCAGAGGGUCUCAGUCCCUUCCCUCCCAUCUCCCACCCUGGCAGCUGCUCACAGCUUCCCAGCCUGGCCUCUCCUGCCCGCCCCUCCUGGGCCUUGGGGAAGGGGGGCCAGGGAGGAAGGGAGGGCAGCCUGGCGGGCCCACCCCUUUUUGCCUUUCCAGGCCGGGAGGCUGGGCCAGGGGCCUUUUAACCAGCCCAGGCAAGCCGUGCUGGACGCCAGCCCUGGACACCGUGCCUGGCCCUGUGGUCCCGGCUGCCGCCAGCCCGGACAGCAUGCAGCAGCCGCCCCCACCCGGACCCCUGGCCCCUGCGGCGGAGCCGACCAAGCCUCCCUACAGCUACAUAGCGCUGAUCGCCAUGGCCAUCCAGAGCUCGCCGGGACAGCGGGCCACACUCAGCGGCAUCUACCGCUAUAUCAUGAGCCGCUUCGCCUUCUACCGCCACAACCGGCCUGGCUGGCAGAACAGCAUCCGCCACAACCUGUCGCUCAACGAGUGCUUUGUCAAGGUGCCCCGGGAUGACCGUAAGCCAGGCAAGGGCAGCUACUGGACGCUGGACCCCGAAUGCCACGACAUGUUUGAGCACGGCAGCUUCCUGCGCCGACGCCGACGCUUCACCCGGCGGGCAGGUGCUGAGGGACCGAAGGGCCCUACCAAGGUCCACGCUGCCAAGGCUCACCGUGGACCCCUCAGGGUGGCCAGCCAGGACCCAGGAGUUCCUGGCACUGCAACUGCCAGGCAGUGCCCAUUUCCACCAGAGCUACUGGAGCCCAAGGGUCUAAGCUUCGAGGGUCUGGCAGGGGCCUCGCCAGCCAGCAUGUGCCCAGCAACCACUGAUGCCAGGUCUCGACCACCCAUGGAGUCCAAGGAGAUGCCCACACCCAAGCUGGCAGGCCCAGGGGAACUGCCUUUGGCCACCUCACCCUCCCCGGGCCUAGCGUUUGGCUUCCCUGCUGGCUUCUCUGAGGCUGAGGGUUUCGGCAAGUCCCCUACGCCCAUCUUGACCCCCGACGUGGGCAUCAGGAGCAGCUACCAGUGCCGGCUGCAGGCACUGAAUUUCUGCAUGGGAGCUGACCCAGGCCUUGAGCACCUCUUGGCCUCGGCAGCCCCUUCACCUGUGCCACCCACCCCUCCAGCCUCACUCCGGGCCCCGCUGCCCCUGCCAAUUGACUCCAAGGAACCCUGGGUUGCAGGCAGCUUUCCUGUCCAGGGAAGCCCCAGCUACCCAUUGGGGCUGACCCCCUGCCUAUACCGGACGCCAGGAAUGUUCUUCUUUGAGUGAAGGCAGCCUGGCCUCAGGCAGUCCCUGCAGGACCCCUGCCAACUACCACCCGUCAGGCUGUGCCUGGCUCUAAGACUUGGAGAGUUUUCGAAGGACCGGGCUCUGGCAAGCCAAGGACAACCAGGACAGAAAGCCAGGAUUGAAGCUCAGCCAGGCCCCCAGGACUUCAGGACAAACUUGGGGGUGAGGGGAAGCGGGGCCCUUGGGGUUUACCCUGUGGCUCUCAGGGCCAAUAAAACUGGUGUGAUGAUGA